UGAUAUUGAUGGCUUUCCAAGCCGCAUGGAUUGAAACUGAGCACGAGCAUACUAUCUGAGGCUGGUGCUGCGUGCGAAACGCUGCCCCGAGACCCUCACAUAGGCAUAACAAAAUGGCACUGCGCAUGGUGCGCAGCGCAACGCAGCAUGCGAGCAAGACAAUGCGUGCAGGAGUCUACCACGAAUUUGGCGGACCCAUCACUGUCGAGGACGUGCCACGACCAAUCGCACCUCCAGGCGGCGUAGUGCUCGAAGUGCGCGCCACCGGUGUGUGCAGAAGCGACUGGCACGGCUGGAAGGGCCACGACGGAGAUGUGAUUGCGCACGGGCUGCCGUUCACGCCAGGACACGAGGUGAGUGGCGUCGUCGUCGAGCGCGGCGCGGGAGUAGACCUACCAAUCGGCGCACGCUGCGCCGCACCAUUCAUCCUCUCGUGUGGCUGCUGCCGCGAGUGCGACCGAGGGCGCGCCACCAUAUGCGAGCGGCAGCAGCAGCCCGGAUUUACACAGCCUGGUAGCUUUGCACAAUACGUCGCGCUGCCGCGCGCGGACCGGAACCUGCGCGUGCUCCCGGACAACGUCUCGUUCGAAAGCGCCGCAGCUCUCGGCUGUCGCUUCACGACCGCCUUCCGCGCCGUCGUCCAGCAGGGUCGUCUGCAGGCCGGCGAGACGCUCGCGGUUUUUGGUUGCGGCGGUCUAGGCCUUAGCGCGGUCAUGGUCGGCGCGGCGACGGGCGCGCGCGUCGUGGCCGUCGACCCCUCACGAGCGGCGAGAGAGAGAGCUCUAGAGCUCGGCGCGAGCUCGGCCGUCGACGCGUCGGAGGGCUGCCGCGAGGCCGUCUGGGCGGCGACGGGCUACGGCGCGGACGUGUGCGUGGAGUGCUCCGGGGCGGCGCGGGCCGUCGAGGACGCGUGCUAUUCUGCGCGGAGGGGUGGCCGCGUCGUGCAGGCCGGAUUGCCGUUAGGGGACGAGCGACCCGAGGUCCCGAUGGCGCGCGUCGCGGGCUGGGAGCUGGAAAUCUACGGCUCGCACGGCCUCGCGAGCCACGACCUGCCGGCGAUUCUAGACUUAGUUGCAACGGGAAGACUACAACCCGACGCAUCAAUCCAGAGACGCGUCACGCUGCAGGAGGGCUGCGACGCGAUUGUAGAGAUGGACUCCGAAUCCAAGCCAGGCAUCACCAUGAUAGAUAAAUUAUGAGAACAUUACCGUCGAGC